UCGAGUGAAGUUUGCUCCGAUUAAUUGAUAUCAAAGUGGCAUUCUGAUAGCUGUGAACGGCUGUUUAAUUAUCGUUUAAUUCCUGAAUUGAUGACAAUGUUUCGGUUUUUCCCUGGGUAUUUACAUGAUACAUGCCACUGUUACCUUGGAUACAGUAGAACAGGUGUAAAUAUACUCAGACAAGUUGAGAUAAACAUUUUCCAAUUACGUGUUUGCACUCCACUCGGAUGAAACAUUCGGUCGAUUAAUUGAACUGGAAAUAAAAGAUGGGGAGAAAGAAUAGUGCGCGGGGGUUCACACGAUUCCAGUGAACUCUGGUGCUUCGGUGCGAAAAAUCAAUAACAUGACUGUAGCGCACGGUGGGGAGAGUGCAUGUGCCCUCAGUCGUGCUUUGACCGCGUUGACAAGUUUGUAAAGAAUAUGGGGAUAAACAAAGCUUGAGGCGGUUUGUCAUUCUCGUUCUGUUAAUUUUAUGAUCAUUCGGGGCUGGAGUGAUUCAGGCAGGGGGAGGAUGUCCGCUGGGGGCGAGCGAUGCUGAUCCGAGGGCUUCAACAAGUUGUCCGUAUGGCAGAUCAGAUGUCGUGCGGUUUUUCGAGACUGAGGGGUUUUUGGUAAUUGAGGAAUCGGGUUUUAGGCGAUUUGAGGGAGGAUCCUGGGGCAGUAUGGAAGACAGCGGAAUCGACAGCGAUCCGAAACCUGUCAAUCAUGGGGAGGAUGAGAGGUUUUUUUUGACCAGUGACAGUAGCAGCAGCAGCAAUCAGCCCCAGCCGCAGCCGAGAUCGACAACGAAGCAAUUGCAGAAAAAAUUGGAGGCGAGGAUUGAGCAGGCGAAACGUAUUCAGCGCAGCUCUGACUACAUAAAGCUGUCUAAUAACGAUAAAAGCAGCAUCGUAUCCAGCAAUUCGAGUGGAUUAAUACCGAUCCAAAGACUGCCCAUUCCGCACAAGAGCAAUGAGCAUCAUCCACUGGUCGAGUACUGGAGGAGUGACAGCGAAAGUGAAGAUGAAACUACAUUAUUUCCAAUUUCACGUGGCAAGGACAGUUCAAAGCACAAACAAGAUCUCACGGAUACGUUUAGUAUUGAGGAGCUGAGCGAGGGCAGUGAGGACUCGCUGAAUCUGGGUCCAACGAAAUCAACUCAUCCUCACACACGUACAUACACACCGACUGGGUGUUUCAAUUGUCAUUGUCACAUACUCUGAGAUGCUAUUGUCGAGUGAAAUGCUUCAGUCGAGGAUGGAACAUGAAACACAAAUGCGUUAAAUAGUCUUCCAGGGUCUGAAUUCUAUUUUCGUAAUUUGGAUUUUGUGUUGUGAUUUUUGUUGGCUUCGGAGCUUCAGGAUGUGCACAAUUUAAUGCGCUUUUUUUGUUCAGUGAGCGGUUUUUGUUCAGUGGGCGUUUUUUGAAGUGAUUAGUCGUCAUUAAUGAGGGGAUUCGAGGGGGAGAGAAUAUAUGUACAUGUGUACUUUACGAAAGUUUUAUGAGUCGAGAGGUUUAUGGAGGGAGGUGGAUAGAGCAGAAAUAAAGAGAUGGUGGCCAAAUGA